AUGUCCCAUGAUAUCCUCAUCGUCGGUGCCACUGGUAACCAGGGCAGAUCGGUCAUUGAAGCUCUCUUCGCACCAGCCCCGUCAAACCCUCUUCGGCGCAUCCUCGCCCUCACGAGGUCGACAACAUCACCCAAGGCCCAGGCUCUCAAGUCAGCAUUUCCGAGCAUAAUCCUCGUGCAGGGCGAUACGCAAGAUCCGGGUCCAAUCUUUGCUGCCCAUCCAACCAUUUCCAGCGUCUUCCUCGUCACCACCCCGCCUAACGACGAGCGGCAAGCGCUGCCACUGAUCGAGGCAGCCGUCGCAGCCGACACAAACGUAGACCACAUCGUCUUCACAAGUGUCGACCGCGGCGGCGAUAUAGCAAGCUGGUCGGCUCCGACCGACAUUCCUCACUUUGCGGCCAAGCACCGCAUCGAGCUGCGACUCCGCGAGGCGUGUGACCACGCCGGGGUAAGGUGGACUAUCCUCCGUCCCACAGGGUUCAUGGACACGUACAACCCUGGCUUCUUCGGUGCUUUCAUGGCGACGCUGUGGCGAGAGGGGAUGCCAGCCGAUCGACGGAUGCAACUCGUCAGCACGCGAGACAUUGGAGUGUUUGCGGCCAGGGCGCUGAUGGAGCCUGACGCCUGGACAGGCAAAGCGGUCGCGCUGGCUGGGGAUGAGAUCAGUUUCCAUGAGCUGCAAGAGGUGUUUCGGAAGGCGGUUGGCGAGGAGUUGCCACUAACAUAUUCUAUGCUCGCGUGGCCGGUGCUAUGGUGGGUGAAGGAUGCAGAGAAGAGCUUUGCGUGGUUCAGGACAGCCGGCUACGCGGCGGAUUUGGCGAGGUUGCGAGAGCAGGAGCCGAGGUUGCAGACAUUCAAGUUGUGGCUUCGGGAAUCUAGUCAGUGGAAGAAAGGCAUCGAGCUGGAAUGA